GUUUAAGAGUUAGCAACACUGCUGCAGGCUCAUUCCUCCAUGGUCCAGGGUGCAGGUAACUGACACAGCAGAGAAGGAGAAGAUCCUGAGGCAGGAAGUGCCAAGGACUGGAUGAGUGAAAUGAUUCCUGGCAGAAGACCUGUGUGUGUCUACAUCCCCACUGCUGUCUCAUCCAAAUCUGACUUGCAGCUGCUCUCCUUGACAAACGGCAUCCAGACCGGCACUUUGCUUCCAGCAGAUGACAUCCAGAUGUUCCCCUUGCCCACAGGACAACUCUCGCCCACAGGACAACUCUCACCUGUUCUUUUUCCUUCAGCACUUAGUGCUGAGAGAUAGACUGCCUUUGAACAUGCAGGUUCCUUUAGACUGGGCUGGCCUCUAGCCUCUCGCGGUCUUUGAGUUCUCAACUCCCUGACACUCUGCCUCUCCAGGUCUCCUGGGCCUCUUCUCAGCUUACUAUGCCUUUAACAGAGACAGGAGUUGAUGGAUCUGCUCUCACUGGACAGAAUGAAGUUGAAGUGGUGAAGAGGGUGAAGACUUUCUGCUGGAGGCCUAGAAAAGGUUGCACCAAAGAAGAUGAAAUCCUAUUUUCUGCUGCCCCACAAAAUAAGACAGGAGGCAAUGGCUUAACUGGUCCAGCAGAAGUUGUGACAGAUGACAUGACAAGCAGUUUAGAUGAGUCUGAUGAUUUGGAUUCGGAUGUUGAAGACUGCAGCAUGCCUACAGAUACAGUUUUUCCUGAGUUGAAAACUGCAUCCCACUAUGAGAAAGAGGACUGGGAUAAAGAGCUGGCGGACAGCAAAUACAGUGACAAUCCUUAUGAUUUUGAAGAUGUUAUCCACUGUGGAAGUUUCCAAGAUCAGGAUCCAAUGGCAUCGUGCUCUCUUCAAGAAGAGCCUUUGUAUGACCCAAGCUUGCAUCAUGUAGCACCACUGACUGUUAGCCAGCUGCAGGCCGUGCUGGUGGAUGGCCAGUUUGAUGAUGCUGUUGACUGAAGCUCUCCCAAUGUUGGGGUAGAAAUUUUAUUUCUAAAUUGGAUUCCUUCCAUGAAACUGACCUGAGACAUAGCAACUGUCUCUUAUGCUCCAAGUAAGGAUUGCUGGCCUGUCUGAAGACCAUUUGGAAAUGACUGAAUGGCAAAUCAACUGCUGGGAAGCAGAAAACUAGAUCAUCUGGAACCAGAUGAAUGGCCCUUCUUGAUUUUAAAAACUGAGUUGGCUUUUUACUUUGGGUUUUUACUUUGAUGUUGCUGGCCUGGUUAUUAAGGUCCGCCAUCAGUGAACAUCCCAUAUGGAGCUGGAAAUACAAAUUUAUGUGUCUCACAACAUAACUGCUGCAGUUCAGUUUGUUAAAGACAUUUAUUUAUGAAGUUGGAAACCUCCAACCUUGAAGUUGGAGGAACAGAUCUUUAUAGGAUUACUCUGAAGAACAGAAGCGGUUUAAUUUUGUAUGGUGUAUGUGUCAUUUGAUAUGCUUGUCACUGUAAAUGUGGGAAGACGCUGUUUCAUCAUUUGCCUAGGACCUGAAUGCUUAUGCUUGCCUUGCAUCAGCUUAUUCGUGUAAAUGUAAUGGAGAUUUUAACAAUAAUAAUCAGGUUAGCACUGUUUAGUCCUGGAAAUAUAGAAAUUACUCCAAAUUGUUCUUGUUUUGUUGGAAGUGUUCAAAAUUUUUGCAGUGGAACAAAGAAUGGAUCUGUCUGGAGAAAGAAAUGCCUCGAACUGGUCACUUUCAUUUUUUCUCUUUUCUCUUCCCACUUCCCAAAUGGAGGGAUGUACUUCUCUUGGAACACUAAAGAAAGUAAUCUGCCUGUCCAUGUUUGCCUAUACUUUCCUGCUUGCAUACAAUCUCCCCUACCUUUUAUUGCCUAAGAAAUGCUGUAAAAUGGUAGACAGAAAAGGUAGGUAGCCUUUUGUUGACUAGUUUUAGCAGUUUGAGGGUAGGGCUUCAUUGGGGCACUUCUGUCGUCUCAGGAAUGUGUCUGUGAUGUAUCAAAUUCCUGGAAGGCAUUGGGUACUUGAACUGCUGCUGCCGUGGUGGUGGUCCUCCAGUGGACUAGACUAGAGGAACCAGUGGGUAGCAACCAAACUGCUCAAACACAAAAGCCUCUGACUAGUUUCUGGUAUUCCACAUACCGCUCCCUGCAGCCACUCAUACUGCAGCCUAUGAAAUUUUCUCAACCUUCGGCAACCGUUUUUGUGGGGGUGCUGCAGACAGGAGAAAGGGGCGGGGGAUAUGGGCUUACUUUAGUGCAAGAUCUGGAUUCUCCCCAGUGUGGCCAGUGGAGCCACAGUGAAAAGAUCCACAAAACCCUGUGUUUUAUGGUAGCCUUAUAUGUGUGACUUAACUGAGAUAACUGAAUGCCUGAAUGUACGUGAAGCCUCUGCUUUUUUGCCUGAAACAUAAAUAAUAAUCUGAGUUGAUGCUCAGUGUUGGUUCUGUAAACUCACUGGCCACUUUUGUAUUUGUAUACUGAUUUGUGGAUUGUUUUAAGAGACUGCAGAUCUUGCUAAUCACACAGUUCAAUCUGUAGAGGGCAGCAGUAAUCCAGCCCAUAGUUUAUGGCCUGUUCCUCAAAUAAAAGGCCUUUGCUGUG